AAGAGAGAAGGGAAAAAGAAGCGCUCAAAUCCCGACACAGUUCAGCGAUGAUGGGAAGGAUGUAGUCCAGUUUUUACUGAAUGUUCCUGGGAUGGAAAACAGGAUUACCUUUCUUUUAGAAACAGUAUGGGCAUCUGUAGACAUCGCCAACGGGAGAUAAUUGGGUUUUAACAAUGAGAAGUAUGGGAACAGAAAAAUCGCACUUCAGUAAAAAGCACUCAAAGGGAGUGAUUGGGAUGCUGUGUCAGGGCUAGAGCAAGCAGUGGGACUGAUUCACAGUCGGCAGGAGAGCCCUUCUAAAUGAGCCUGUGUGCGCUACUGGACCUGCUUUGAAAAGGAAUAAGGACUUAAUAGGAUGUCAACAGAGGCGGAACUCCAGCCGGCUGUGAGACCCAGCGUGAGAAAGGAAUCCAAGAAGAAAGGUCAGGACCGCAGUGAGGCCGGGCUGAUUAAACGCUUCAAGGGGGAUGGGAUCCGCUACAAGGCCAAGCUGAUCGGGAUUGAUGAGGUCACGGCGGCGCGUGGGGACAAGCUGUGCCAGGACUCCAUGAUGAAGCUGAAGGGAAUUGCCGCCGCAGCACGUUCGAAAGGAGAACACAAGCAGAAAGUCUUUUUAACCGUCUCCUUCGGAGGGAUCAAGAUCUUUGAUGAAAAGUCAGGGAUCCUUCAGCACCACCAUGCUGUCCACGAGAUCUCCUACAUUGCAAAGGACAUCACUGACCACCGCGCCUUUGGCUAUGUCUGCGGCAAGGAGGGCAACCAUAGAUUUGUGGCCAUCAAGACAGCUCAGUCUGCUGAGCCAGUGAUACUUGACCUGCGCGAUCUCUUCCAACUCAUCUACGAAAUUAAGCAGCGCGAGGAGAUGGAGAAAAAGGCACAAAAGGACAAGCAGUGUGAACAGGCUGUUUAUCAGACAAUUUUGGAGGAAGACGUAGAGGACCCAGUAUACCAGUACAUUGUGUUUGAGGCUGGACACGAGCCCAUCCGUGACCCCCAGUCAGAGGAGAGCAUUUAUCAGGUCCCUACAAGUCAGCAGAAGGAAGGGGUCUAUGAUGUUCCAAAACGGCACCCAGUGAGUAAUAUCAACCAGUUAGAGCUUUUUGGAGACAUGUCCACCCCUCCGGACAUCACCUCCCCUUCGACACCCGCAUCUCCAGCGAACACUCUGGACCCCUCCAUGGCACAUCAGCCCCCCUCCGAACUCUUUCCCUCCUUCAACCCUGCGUCUGUGCCCUCAGGUUACGUCACCAUGGGAGCCGUGCAGCCGGCGCAUUGGGGCCAGCAGCCGUUUGCAGCACAGGCACCCCUGGCUUUCGGCGUGCAGUCUCCCAUGCCGGUCGCUCAGGUCAUCCCCGGAGCCCAGCCCAUGAUCUGGGGCCAGGCUAACCUCUUCCCCGCCACUCAGCAGCAAUGGGCCGCCAUGGCGGGCGCAUUCCCCCCCACUGCCUUCAUGCCGACGCAAACUGUGGGCCCCCUGCCGGCCGCCAUGUUCCAGACGCUGGCCCCGGUGACGGCCGUGCCCCCCUCCUGCGAGCCUCCGGCCGCCUCCGCCACCAGCCCCCAGCACACGGACCGCUCCCGGCAGAAGAUGAGCAAGGAGAUGUUCAAGGAUUUUCAGAUGGCCAAGCCGCCGGCCAUGCCGGCACGCAAGAGCGAGCAGCCCAACCUGGCCUGCACCUCCGAUGCCUUCUCCAGCUACUUCAGCCGCGUGGGCAUGGCCCAGGACACGGACGACUGCGACGACUUCGACAUCUCUCAGAUGAACCUGACGCCCGUCACGUCCACCACGCCAUCCACCAACUCGCCCCCCACCCCAGCUCCGCGGCAGAGCUCUCCCUCCAAAUCCUCUGCCUCACAUGCCAGUGACCCCCCAACCGACGACUCGUUCGGGGAGGCGGAGGGCAGCCCCAGCCGAAGCGGAGAGGAAGACGCUGCCGGAGGCUCUCAGUCGCCCUCCACCAGUGAGCCGUGUGCAGAGCCCUCUGCUGAUCAGCCCAGUCCACAGGUCGGUAGCUAGAUAGCGCAGGUCAGGGGGAAGGAUCCUCUCUACGCCCAGAUUAACAAAGGGAAGAAAUAGGAACUCUGCACAGGUCUGAGCGGUGCUGGGGAAGACGGGAGGUGAAAGACUUUUAUUUGUCUCCCGGCUGUGCGUAUGCGUGAGCGCGUGCGAGUGUGUGUGGGUGCGUGUGUGUGUGUGUGUGUGGGAUUCUAUACUCCACUGCAACAGGUCUCCCCUUGACCACCCGGGCUUCUUCAAGCAGCCCUUUCUCCAGUGGAGCUAUCUGGCCUGUUGAGGCUAACACCGCUUCACUGUCUGACUCCCAAUCAAAACACGGAGAUACAAAUUUCCCCUUCCUUCCUCUCUUUCGUUUGUUUUUUUUACUGUACUUUCCUCGCCUGCAAGGACCCCUCUAUUGUCAAUGAGAUAGCAACCACAGCCGCAAGGACUUGUUUUUGUUUUUCUUGACCAUUUCCACAGCCAGCCUUAUUAAAGUUUCUCGACACGUAGUUUCUCACCAGAUCCCUCCAACACAACCUUCGCUGCACGUAGGACCAUGCGGAUUAGCACCUCCCUCCUCCUUCUCAACACAACACACACAGAGAUCAUUUCCUAUAAUAAUAAAAAAAUCUACAGAAUUACUGUGUUGCUGCAUAGGAUUGAUUGAAUGGAGCCUCUGGCUACAAUCACAAUGCAGAUAAAAUGUGUCAUUUGAUUCAAUGAGUGGAGUAAUGGAUUCAAAUCAUUUAUGGGAUUAUGUUUUAUUUUCUUUUUCUUUUUAUGUUUGAGUGUCUGCUGCUAGAGAGCUAUGCAGAAAAGACUUGCUCUGUGAACCCCUAGCUGAAGACACAAGGAGUGAUUUGCCAAAUUUCUCUUCAUGUAAAGACUCAGACGGAAGUUGAAAUGGACACUGAGGGGCAUGGAUAUUGCAAAUCUGAUUCUGUGAUUGAACUGUUCAUUCUCUAUAGCUUUUGUACAAUACUAAUUAAAAAAGACAUUGAAAUGGAAUUUUUAUUUUAUAAGUCAAUCGAGCCGUUGGGGUCAACUCUAUAAGUGUUUUAGGGUAAAAAUGGCUUUAAGGCAUCUGAACUUUGGUUUGCCAAAUUCAUUUUGUAAAUAAUAGUGUUCAUUGUUUCACCGGGACUUCUGCGGCAUAAAAUAGGCAGACCUCAGUGAUGCAAACUUUAAGUGGUACCCAAGCAAUAUCAGCAUUUUUUCCCAAUGGUUUAUUGUUGCUUUACUUUCUGUUCGCCAGUGAUAUUUAUGUAAAUCCACAGGAUUCGAUUUGGUGAAAGCAGCCAUUGCAGUACAGUAGGUUGAACUAAUCCAGAAUUAGCCUUUUCUCUGGUGAAGACUACUGCUGGUAUUCCACUCGAGCAGAGGUGUAUAGACCAGUAAUAAUUUCAACUUUGACCUCUGCUCCACAGGAUAGGGAGUUUCUAAGUGACAAGAAGUCAAGUAUAGAGGCAGAUUUGGUUCAGUCAUGCACCCUGUCUGAAAUAAAGCCAAAUUCUGCCCCUGUCUGCUCACUUCUCAAACUCAGGCCGAUGGCUGCAGUUUAACUAAAUCAAUUCCCUUUUAACUUGAUAGCGGUCUUUGACAUCAGCACAUUAUUAGUAAGGUUUUCUUAAGAUUGGAGAUCACCCCAACUUUGAUAUUUUGGGCACAAGUAAAAUUACCCAGUAAAAGUCGUAGGAUUCAAAUAAGCCAAACAUCGCGUCAAGGAGUGAACGGGAAAGAACAGAACAGCAGCAGGAUGUGAGAUAUUGUAAAAAAAGAAAAAAGAAAAGAAACACUUGUGUGGCUGUUAGGAAAACAAUAUUAAAUAGUUAUUCACCCAACCUGAUCUUGCAUCUUAUUAUUUUUGGACAUGGUUGCAUUAUUCACUGCUUGGCCAAAUGCCUGCCUCAUGCCUGUGAACAGAGAUUAAGUUGGGCACUUAAUUGGGGGGUUAUGUUUAUUGAAAACAUCUGAAAAGUGCUUCAUAUCAUAAGGUGUUUGCAAUGGCUGUUUCCAUCAAGAGCCAUCGCUGUUCAUUCACAGGUGUCUCCUGAGUCCACGUUAGAAACACUGCUCUGUACAUUAUAAGAGGUCACACUUGGGUAAAUGAAAAGAUAACACUGGAUGUGGUUCUAUGGCCUAUUAUCUGAUUGAGAAGGUCUGGCCUGCUUACUCCAAGCCAGAAAUAAGCCCUCUCUGUCUUUGCCAUUUGGUCCUGAUGAGGUUUGAAGUGUUUAAACAAACUGUUGAGUGCCAUCUCCAGGGCCAGGUGUGUGAAGUGGGGACUGGGGGAUGAGGACUGGAUGGCAGGGUUUGCUCUCCAUGAAUCCAGGGUUACUCCAGGCCAGUCAAAAUGACAGAAAACACACAAACACACAUACAGAGACACACAGACAACACACAAAAGCAAAAAUGUUUUUAGUUGUAGAUGGCCAGCUCCUACCACUAGAUCAUUCUUUAGGCCCAAAGGAGAAUCCAAACAGCCUUAUACAAAAACACAACAAGGGAGAAGCCCCAGAGAUCCUGCUUGUCUCAUGCGUGUUCCUCAAGACAAACUAGGGACUAUAGAUAUCAGUCUAUAUACUUUGAUUUGGGGUUGUCAGCCUUUUUUCAAUAAUUUCAUUGCCUGUCAUCAUCUACUUCCUAUUUUAUGGCCAGAGUCCCAAUUUAAUUUGAAUAAUUUUUGGACUAAGAUCUCAACUAAAUUUGAAAAAAAUGAAAAGAAAAAGGGAACAUUACUGUUUGAGUACAUUUCUAGACCUAUUUUAACUUUACCUCAGCUAACAGUUUGUUAAUGUAAAUUUACACAUUAUUUUUAUCUUUAUGAAUACAACAUUCUACAGUGGAUUUUUAGAGGAUUUUUGUUUUCUCUUGCUUUAUGUAUCCCACCAUGUAAUACUGUUACAAAUAAACACAUCCCAAAAGAG